AUGUUGUGUCUAAUACCGGUACACAUUCCCGUUUUGCUUGCUUUGAUUGCAUCCUCAUCAGCAUAUUGGAUACAAUUCAACUCAGAACCCCGAUGCGCCAGCAAAGAAAUUCUACACACAUGGAACGGUACCCCAAACCAAGGAUGUCAAGCACGAAUUGCGCGGACGGCUUAUUCGGCAUUUAUUACGAACACGGGAACUUCGGAUGACAAUACCGUUGUUGUAUUUUAUUCCACCCCAGAUUGCAAUCCUGAAAGUGCCAUCACGCGAGUCGAAAAUGGAUGUGUUAAGAUCGAAAGCGAGAAUCUUGAAUUCGAAUAUCAGUCUUUUAAUGUGAUUCGGUCGUUUGAUUCGGCGCGGAUGACGCCGGUCGAGAAGAAUGAGUUGGGGUAUCAACAUGGGGGAAUGGCGCUUUAUAAGGGGGUGGAGUAUAGAUGGUUGAGGCAGGCUGAUGGGUCGUUUCGAGGAGUUCUUCCUGAGGAAUGGUAUGAUGCUGUUCUUAAGCAGAGAGGGAUUACUGCUUUGGUGGACUGA